AUGCCUGCUCCCUACUCAACCGGCGACAAGCGGUCCUUUGGCUGGGUCACCGCUCGCGAGCGCUGGCCUGUCAUCAUCACCCAAGCCAUCGACGAUCUUUACCGGUCCGUCUCGCAGACCAAGGACGCCGAGAAGGAGGCCGAUGGCAAGAAGAUCAUCGAGAAGAUUGCCCGCCUCAAGUACGAGGUCCAACACGACCGACCGUUGACACCGAUCGAGGACGAUGGAUACCCCGACGUUAGCAUCUACAACGAGGAGCUGAAGAAGCUCGGCUCACCUUCAUGGCUCAAUAUUCCCUGGCUCUACUGCGAAUGCUACCUGUUCAGACGCAUCGCCACUUACUUUGCCCAAUCCACACACUGGAAGAACUACGACGUCUUCGCCCGCCAGAAGAUCAGCACCUUCCGAUCCUCUCGCCCCGCCGUGCUGGAGCUGGCCUCCAAGUACAAGGAGCUGGUGGAGCAGCUGCGGGCGAACAAGGGCACCGCCCAGGACGACGAGGCCGAGAAGAUCCUCUUCGCCGAGAUGUGCGAGAUCUGUUUGUGGGGCAACGCGACGGACCUGUCUCUGCUGACGAGCCUGACGUACGAGGACAUCCAGAAGCUGCAGGGCUCCGAGGCCCGCAAGGCGUCGGAGAAGAACAUCGUCGUCAACGACCUCCCCGCCGUCUACGAGCUGCUCAAGAAGGCCAAGGCCGAGGGCAAGAAAGAGCGCCGCAUCGACAUCGUCCUCGACAACGCCGGCUUCGAGCUCUACGUCGACCUCAUUCUCGCCGGCUACCUGCUCUCGGCCGGCCUGGCGACGCACGUCGUCCUGCAUCCCAAGUCGAUCCCGUGGUUCGUCUCGGACGUGCUGCCGGGCGACUUUGCCCAGCUGCUCGGCGCCAUCGCCAACCCCAAGCCCUUCUACGAGACCCCCUCGGAGGAGGAGGAGCUCCAGAAAAAGACCCCCGAGCCGCUCUCGGAGGCGGACGCGGGCAACCUGUCGUUCCUUUUCCAGGAGUGGAGCCAGUUCCACGCCGAGGGCCAGCUCAUCCUCCGACCCAACCGAUACUGGACGCAUCCGGGCCCCUUCUGGCAAUUGCCAGAAGAGGCCAAGGACCUCUACGAGGAUCUCAAGGCAAGCGAGGUGGUCAUCUUCAAGGGAGACCUCAACUACCGCAAGUUGACUGGUGACGCCGACUGGGAUGCCGCAACGCCGUUCACCGAAGCUCUGAAGAACCUCGGUCCGGGGUCUGGCCUUAACAUCCUGGCGCUCCGCACCUGCAAGGCCGAUGUCGUCGUGGGUCUCCAGCCCGGCGACGACGAGAAGCUGCUGGCGACCGAGGGUGGCGGCGGCGACUCGGGCUCGCGUAAGUGGGCGUGGAGCGGCAAGUGGGCCGUUGUGUCGUUCUCGGGCGGCAAAUGA